UUAUAAUAUUCGGCUGACAAAAUAUUUCGAUUCCAUACUUCCAUGCGUAUAACAUGCAAAGCUCUCUAUAAUUACGAUCUGCUGAAGUGCUCAUUCAGUUAUCUGUCUUCGCUAGUGAAUAAUGAAGGGAUUUCUUCGAAGGUCAUCACUAUGCCUGAUUGUUUGUAUUGCUGUUUUUACCGGUCUCGCUUUCUCGGCUGCUAAACCAAACAUCGCCUUGUUAGGAUUUACCGGGCGGACCAAUGCAACAUUCGGUCCCGGCGGCUUUGGUGCUGUUUUGGAUAAAGGAGAGGAACUUUUACAAGCCAAGUACGGAUCGCAACUGAAUUUUACAAGGAAGUUAUUUCUGAGUUCCUAUCCCAUACGGUGCGAUGAACUGGAGUCCAUUGCGGCAGUGUGGGCGAGCCAGUUUUACUACAGUGCAGAAGCACGGGAUAUUGCCGGCAUGGUGAUGAUUGGACCAGAUUGUAUCAAGGCCGCAACAUCGAUAAAUUACAUGGCUAAAGAAUGGAAUGUCCCCAUAUUCAGCCCACAGUACGACGGAAUCAACAGUCCGGUGAUAAAAGGCUCGGCGUUGCGCGCCCUGCAGGGUGACCCCGCCGGAGAGGCCAGUAUCCUGCAGCUGACGGAGGCGCUGGACACGUAUCUACCGGAUCCGCUGCGCGACUACUCCGCGCCCUUCCUCCUCCCCGUGGAAUCUUGCUUCUUGGUGCCGAACCGCGGCGCGGUGGCCGUCGGGACGCUGGUGCAGGGCACCAUCAAGAAGGGCGACCCGGCCGAGAUUCUCGGGCACGGCACGCACCUCAAGACUGUCGUCACCGAUAUUCAGGUCUUCAAGCAGUCCAUUCCGCAAGUGGAAGCCGGGAAGAAUGUCGGUGUGUUAUUACGCGGAAUCAAAGCGGCGCAGGUGUCGCGCGGUAUGAUCCUGGCGCCGCCCGGCCGCUUCACCGCCCACAAUCGCUUCCGCGCCCAGAUCUACUUCCUCACGAAACAUGAAGGCGGCCGCAGUAAGCCGAUCCGCAGCGGCUACGCGCAGCAGCUCUUCUCGCACACCUGGGACGUGGAGACGCGCCUGGACCUCCCGCCGGGCGUGGACAUGCUGAUGCCGGGCGAGCACAGCGAGGUGUUCGGGACGCUGCUGCGCGAGAUGGUCCUCGAACCCAAUCAGCGCUUCACGGUGCGCGAGGCCAACAACCAGACGGUGGCCACCGGCGUCAUCACCAAACUGCUGCCCAGUGUGCGGGUGGACCGCAGUCUCGGCAAGCUGGACGGCGCGAAGCUGGUCACGGAGGCGGGGGAUGUGAUGGAGCGGGAUGGCGGUGCGCCGAAGAAGGCUGUCGUGCGGAAGGCGCCCAAGACCGCGGAAAAAGCCGCAUAAUUCCGGGUUGUUUUCGGGAUUUUUUUGCGGGUGUUGUUGCCGCUAGUGUGUAGUCAUCUGUGAAAUGCUGAUUCGGGAGAAAAUUCAGGAGUAAAAAAUUUGCGGAGAAAAUGAAGAAAAUAAUAAAUAAAU